CCUCUCUUCUCACCUCCUACAGCAUCUAAGCCAGAUCCUAACAACCUACAGCACAAACUCCUGUAUCCAAUACCUAUAUAAAUUAAUUAUAACCCCACACACAAAAGUAGGGUUUUUGUUCUAUUUAGAAGGGUUUGCUUCGCAUAGCGGUCCUCGCUCACUCACCCUCUCUAAGCGCCUCUCACUUCCUCCAACCAUGGCAGUGGGAAAAAACAAGAGGAUUUCCAAGGGGAAGAAGGGAGGCAAGAAGAAGGCGGCUGAUCCGUUCGCCAAGAAGGACUGGUAUGAUAUCAAGGCACCUUCAGUGUUCGCUGUGAAAAACGUUGGCAAAACCCUCGUUACUCGCACCCAGGGUACCAAGAUUGCAUCAGAAGGACUCAAACAUAGAGUCUUUGAGAUAUCAAUGGCUGACCUUCAGGAUGAUGAGGAUCAUGCUUACAGAAAGAUCAGAUUGAGAGCUGAAGAUGUUCAAGGGAGGAAUGUGCUGACAAAUUUCUGGGGAAUGGAUUUUACAACAGACAAGUUGAGGUCUUUGGUAAGGAAAUGGCAGACUAUGAUUGAAGCUCAUGUGGAUGUGAAGACUACUGACAAUUACAGUUUGAGGAUGUUCUGCAUUGGAUUCACUAAGAGGCGUCAAAACCAGGUCAAGAGGACCAGUUAUGCCCAAUCUAGCCAAAUUAGACAGAUCCGUCGCAAGAUGAGGGAGAUAAUGAUCAACCAGGCAUCAUCUUGUGAUCUGAAGGAGUUGGUUCGCAAGUUUAUUCCUGAGUCAAUUGGCAAAGAGAUUGAGAAGGCAACUACAGGCAUCUAUCCUCUACAAAAUGUCUUCAUCCGGAAAGUCAAGAUCUUGAAAGCUCCAAAAUUUGAUCUUGGAAAGUUGAUGGAGGUUCAUGGUGACUACUCUGAUGAUGUUGGUGUCAAGGUGGAGAGGCCUGCUGACGAGACAAUGGCUGAGGUGCCUGCUGAACCAGUUGGAGCUUGAUUGAAUGUGGGAUUCUAAAAGUUUUGUUUUAGCUUUCCUUUUUUCUUUUUUUUGUGUUGUCCGCAGAAUUGGUUACUCAAAAAUUCCCCUUGCGUUGUUCAAGCUUUUUUGUCUGAUUAAGUAGUUAUUUUAUUAUGUUCCCAUCCAAAUCCAUCUGAAAUGGGGAUGAAAUGCUUGUCUGGAGUAAUAUUUGAUAUGGGUGAGUUACACUUUUACACCCACCAAGUUUGAGUCUA